AUGUUGGCCAACUUGAAGACCAACGUCUUUCUGACCGGCGCUACAGGUUAUCUGGGUGGCGCAACUUUGCAGUUACUUCUGAAGGAUACCAGUCUAUCCAUCUCUGCUCUCGUACGCGAUAAGGACAAGGCAUCUAAGCUCGCGAGGCUAGGGGUGAACGCUAUUGUGGGCUCACUCGAAGAUACGGCGCUCUUAAAAGCUGAAGCUGCCAAAGCGGAAGCAGUUGUCCAGAUCGCGUCUUUCGGGGACAUAGAUGCAGCUCGAGCGCUGCUCCGCGGUGCAAAGAAUCGCUUCGAACGGACGGGAGAGCGACCCGUAUUCAUUCACACUUCCGGAGCUGGUGCCUUUGUGAAGCUAGACGUGAUGGGCGAGUACAGCUCUGAUCGCGUCGUAUCGGAUGCAGACGCAGAUCUAUUCGAUCUAAAGAACACUAUGCCUCACAACACCGUCAACGACAUUGUUCUCGCCGCGGACAAGGAAGGAUAUGUUCGGACAUACAUUUUAUACCCUGGGAACAUCUAUGGUCUACUCAAAGGCCCACUAGUGGAUGCAGGCAUCGCUCAUUCGUAUAGCUUGCUGAGCGUGAUCACUCGUGCGAUCGACUUCUGCAUACAGCGACGUCAAGGCGGGAUGGUCGGAAGAGGUCUCAACAAGUGGCCCGCGGCGCACAUCGACGACGCGGCUGAGCUUUACAAGCUCUUACUCGAGCGCGCACUCGCAGACAAGGCGCCCCAUGGCGAUGAGGGAACGUUUGUGAUCGAGAACGGCGAGUACACGUAUGUCGACGCCGCUAACCAGUACACGAAAGUCCUACACGCGCAUGGAAUGAGUGUAACGCCUGAGCCGCAAGCCUUCUCGGCGACGGAGCUUGAGACCAUCUCUUAUCUAUUCUUUCUGGGAACAGAUGUCCGUCUUCGGGGAGCUCGCGCCCGUAGACUUGGUUGGGUGCCGGUGCACAAUAUCGAAGAGUUCCACGAGGGCGUGCAGAAAGACGCGGAGGCCGUGCUUGCGGACAAACCAUGA